AUGCGAGAAGAAUUCAGCACUCUCUUCCUUCUGUGUACACACGAACUAGCGCUAUCCACUAGGCCAGGAGCGGAAGGGAGAGAAAAACUCACUUUGCUAGAACAGCCCGCUUACGCCGGGAUUCGAACCCUUGACCUGACCUCUAGAAGGGCCUCCAGCCGCCCUCCGCCCACGGUGCUCAGGCGGCCAACGGGAGAGACCGCCGCCGAGCUGACGGCUACGGUGAUGUCGGCCGCUGCUGAGACCGCGCCGCUGGCGAGGUGCGCACGAGGGCAGAGAGGCUGGUACACGAGCAAAGCGCAGCACGAGAUCUCCAAAGCGUCAAAGAGAUUAAGGCGGCCCAGCAGCAACUGCGUGGGGCGUCAAAGAACAGCGCUUUCGAGCCGACCCUGAAGGCGAUACUCAAGGCGGCGCGGAAGAAGCGCAGCAUCGCGAGGUGGAGAGCACUGAAAACGUUCUGCGAGGGCUAUGUACGGCAGCUCGGAAAGAAGAGCCGCGAGGGGGAUCAGGCGGGUUUCUACAGGCACCUGAAGAUGGUCGACGUCGAAGGCAAGAGGUCGCUCAUCUCUCAGAACAUCAAGGACGAGGACGGCAAGGUCCUUCGGGACCCCACGUUUAUUCGCCAACGGUGGGUACGGUGGUUCCACAAGCAUCUCAACACCAAGUCGCCGACCAUCGACCUGCAUGCGGCUGACAAGGUCAAGCGGUGGCCCACGUGCGUGCCACUCGACGACAUCCCAUCUCUACUUGAGGUUGAGGAAGCGGUACGGGAAAUGGCCAACAGAAAGGCCGUCGGGCUGGACGACCUACCGGCUGAGAU